AUGGAGAUUGGUGAUACAAAAGAGAAUAUUGUAAUCGUGGGUGGUGGGAUAUGCGGCCUUGCCACUGCCCUUGCUCUUCACAGAAAGGGCAUUAGAAGCGUGGUCCUGGAAAGGUCAAACGCAUUGCGAGCUACAGGGGCAGCUAUCAUCGUGCAUCCAAACGGCUGGCGUGCACUUGAUCAACUUGGUGUUGCCUCUCACCUUAGAGAAACUGCUAUUCCUAUACUCGCGGGACAAUUCCACUCACUCAAUAAUGACGAGCUUAAAGAAAUACCUGUUGGGAAAGAAGAAUUGAGAUGUUUGAAAAGGACUGAUCUCGUUGAUAUUUUGGCAAAUAGUUUGCCACGUAACACUCUUCAUUUUGGGUGCGAAGUGCUUUCUAUUAAGCUGGAUCCCAUAACUUCUUCUCCUGUUCUUCAACUUCAAGGUGGAAGACUUUUGAACGCCAAGGUUGUGAUUGUAUGCGACGGAGUGAACUCUGCCAUAUCAAAUAUGAUGGGGGUGAGGGCUAAGAAAAUUUUCACCAUCAGUGUGAUAAGAGGCUUCACGAGUUAUCCAAAUGGGCAUGAACUCGGCUCUCAGUUCAGAAUAACCAAAAAGAUGAUUACUCGGGUGGGACAGCUGCCAAUGACCGAAAACCUAGUUUAUUGGUUCAUCACUCGAAAACAUACCGGUCAAGGAGAUGCCAUGCAUGCAAUGGGUCCAUUUCUUGCACAAGGAGGUUCAGCUUGUCUGGAAGAUGCAAUUGUUCUUGCCCGGUGCUUGGCUCGAGCAACUCACAUCGAUCGAAACGCAAGAGGAACUAAAAUGCAGGUGGAGGAAGCAUUUGAUGAAUACCUGAAAGAACGUAAGAUGCGAAUUCUGAGACUGUCUCUGCAGAUGUACCUGAUUGGGGAAAUGCUUCAUGCUUCAUCACAGUUUGUUAAAUUCAUAUGCAUUAUCCUCCUGGCCGUCCUUUUCAGUGACUCACAUGGCCACACCCGCUAUGACUGUGGUAGCCUCUAA